AUUCGCAUUGCUGGCUCGAUUUGUCCGUUUCCCUUCGUAGUGUUUGUCUGCUGAGAAAGACUAGAGAAAGAAAGAGAAAAUAGUUCUGGUUCGUUUAAUCAAUCAACACACUCAGUUGAGAAAUUAAGACUACCCUUUUUAUUUCUCCUCUCUUUUUACACUUCAAUUGUCUCUCUCUAGCUUCUUCGUCUACUUUCUCUACCUUCUUCAACUUCUCCCCAUACAUAUCUGCACUAGAAAAGAUAAUUGGAGAGAGAAAGACAAGCAAAAACCCAAUACAUAUCUGUGUAAAAAGUGUGAUUUGACGGAUCUAUAGAUCUAACACUUUCACCACCACAUGGAUUGCUCGAUUUCCUUCAGAUCGCCAUCGUUUUCGUUUGGUAUGGUUCAGUAGCUGACCCUGAAACACCACAGAACCGCCUAAUAAUCAUACUUAUUAUUGGCGGUCUGUUGGUAAGGAGGCCUUGUGGUAGGUCUUUUUUGGAUGGAGUGUUCAUUGCAUCCAUCUCGGAUGUUGAGGCAUUGAUGGUAGGUCUUGGGGUGAGAUGAGGGAUGCUAUCAAGGUUAAUGGACUUUUUGAGGGCCUGUUGGCGACCAUCAGCAGACCAUCACGUGCACAUGAGUUCAGAUGUAUCUGGCAAACAAGAUGGGCUUCUUUGGUACAAAGACAGUGGGCAACACUUGAAUGGUGAAUUCUCGAUGGCGGUUGUUCAGGCCAACAAUUUGCUUGAGGACCAGAGCCAGAUUGAAUCAGGCUGCUUGAGCUUGCUGGAGUCCGGUCCAUAUGGAACCUUUGUUGGAGUUUACGACGGUCAUGGUGGGCCUGAGACGUCACGUUACAUCAAUGAUCACCUCUUUCACCAUCUCAAGAGGUUUGCUUCUGAACAACAAUCUAUGUCAGUGGAUGUGAUACGGAAAGCAUUACAAGCGACAGAAGAAGGGUUUCUCUCUCUUGUUACGAAACAGUGGGCUAUGAAACCUCAGAUUGCAGCCGUUGGAUCUUGCUGCCUGGUUGGGGUGAUCUGUAGUGGGACACUUUACAUUGCCAACGUUGGUGAUUCUCGUGCAGUUCUGGGGAGGCUUGUCAGGGCAACUGGAGAGGUUCUUGCUAUACAGCUGUCAACAGAGCAUAAUGCUAGCAUAGAGUCCGUCAGACAGGAAUUGCGUUCUUUGCAUCCGGAUGACCCACAUAUUGUAGUUUUAAAGCAUAAUGUAUGGCGUGUAAAGGGCCUGAUACAGAUUUCUAGAUCAAUUGGUGAUUUUUAUCUAAAAAAGGCUGAAUUCAACAGAGAGCCUUUGUAUGCUAAGUUUCGCCUUCGUGAACCUAUUAGAAGGCCAAUAUUGAGUUCUGAGCCAUCAAUUUGUGUGCAUGAACUCCAACCCGAUGAUCAAUUUCUCAUAUUUGCAUCUGAUGGGUUAUGGGAGCACCUUAGCAAUCAGGAAGCAGUUGAUAUAGUACAAAAUCACCCUCACACCGGAAGUGCUCGAAAGCUGUUGAAAGCUGCACUGCAAGAAGCUGCUAAGAAAAGAGAAAUGAGGUACUCUGAUUUGAAGAAGAUCGACCGUGGUGUCAGGCGUCAUUUCCACGAUGACAUUACAGUCGUAGUUUUAUUUCUUGAUUCAAAUCUUGUGAGUCAAGCCAGCUCUGUCAAAGGCCCUACUUUGUCACUUAGAGGGGGUGGGGUAAACCUACCCUCAAGAGCUUUAGCCCCUUGUGCAAUGCCGACAGAGCAAAGUACCACUUGAUGAAGUUCAAGUUUUUCCUCUUUUGAGGCACUGCUGGUGGUAGAUUCAAGAGUUAUUAAGAGAAGGUACUCACUGGAAUUAGUUCUUUAAUGUACAAUAUUACAUUUAACUUUGGGACAGAGAUACUUUAUUGAGUUUCUGAGACAAGAGAAAGGGAAAUUGAUCAAAUCAGGGAAAGAGAGCUUGAAAGUAGAGAUUCUUACUGGAAGGCAACUUUCAUACUUACUGAUUUUCAGGAGUUUUUUUGCUCAUCCUGUCUCUCUCAUAGUUCUUGUUAUGUAAAUUAUGUGAAAUUACAACCCUGGAAAUCAAAAUUUAUGUUCUUGUUGCAUUGGCUAAAUUUUUUUUGGAAGAGAGACAUUGAUUAAAUCA